UCUUGUUUAACAACCUAUUAACAACCAAGGUCAUUUAAGGACGUGAAGAACAAGGUAGCAAGCAUCUCAGGGAUAUUGCGACCUCAGAGAACCAACUCUAAUUCUACAUUACAAUUUCAUAGUCAAAUGCAAUUUCAGGCUUAAGGAUAUAUGCUACCUUUGUGAUAUGCAUCAAAAAGAGUUCUACACUAAAGAAUCUGUAAAAUUGGUCCUUCUGAAAGGUGCACAUAAUUGAUGCCAUUUUAAAAGGUAGACAAGAAUUAAUGACACAUUUAGAAAAGAACUCUGGUAUUGAUGACAAACUUAAAAAAAUACACAAGAAUCAAUGACAUAUUUGAAAGGUACACAAGCAUUAAUGACCUAAUUAUAGGUACACAAGAAUUGAUGACAUAUAUGUAAAUUGCACAACAAAGAAGAUUUGAUAAGGGAUUAGUAAUUUUGAAUCAUAUAAGUUGAUACCACUCAAAUAUACCUGAAGUAUACAUUGUAACUAGUAAUGUAAGAAAAUAGUUUAAAUUUGAUUUGUUAUUUUGUAAUUUCAGAACUGUCACAACGUUAAACAUAUGUCACCAGGUUCAACAAAUGCCGUUAAAUAUCACAAUUCUUUGACAAGAACAACACCGUACCCAGACAGAAUGGGAAGAUGGCUUUACAUUUAAGAUGUUCCUGUUCCAGUUUGUCAACUACUAUUCCUCCAUCUUCUAUAUUGCAUUCUUCAAGGACAAAAAACUGAUGAUAUGGUUUAAGUCUCGGUCAGUGACUAAGGACCCGAACGAGGAGAAAGUGUACUCGAGGUGGGAACAGGACUUUCAUCAGGCCGACAUACCCAACAUUGGACUAUAUGAUGAAGAUCUUGAAGUAGUGAUCCAGUAUGGAUUUGUCACCAUUUUCGUGGCUGUUUUCCAUUAGCUCCUUUGUUUGCUCUUAUCAACAACAUCUUUGAGAUCCGAUUGGAUGCUUA